UCCGAUCGGAUCGCCUCCGAAAAACGUACGCUCUUUUACCUUUACAACCUCUUAUACUUCUCGAAUAAAAAUAUUUUUCAAAUUGUUUUUAAACUUGAAUAAAAAUUAUUUAUAAAUAAAUUAUCGCACGAAACAAUUCACAAGUUCAAGUUGAGACAAAAAAAAAAAUAAUCUGAUGAUUGAAAAAUUUUUAUAUUUUCAGGAGUAAAAAGAUGGCGAGCAAUAGAUAAUUAACGUAAAAGAAGAGUAUCGUAGAAUAAGAGUGGAGUACAGUUGGAAGCAGUAAUUUUUGAGAUGAGAAAGGGUUUUGACGUCCACGACGGUGUACCGAGGAUCGGAGAAAAGUAGCAGUAAAUCAUAAACGCCACGGGGAAUCGAGUCGAGGAGAUAAGUGCCUUAGCGUGGAGUGUCUAUCGCACUGUCCUGGGGCGCGCAAAUGUGCGGCCGGAUCGAUCGAUCCGAUUGCCUGUGGAUCCGUUCAAACGAAUGGCAAGGGGUUUCUUAGCUCUGCGAAAUAAUCGCGAGUGUGUCUGGUUUGAUCGUGAUGGAAGAAUUGCGAAGAACACGGGUGAAUCAGGCAUUACCAUCCUUUGACUCAUUUCAAGGUUCACUGAUGUCUACGGGAUUCCUGGAUGACAUCAAGAGCAAAGUGCACUGCAAACUCUGACGUUCAUUGGCAGUACAAUCAUUGAAUAUAUUUUUAAAUAAAACCCGAUCAGAAUUCCAGAUAUCGUGUGGCGUUCUUGUAAAGGCCGUUGAAUUUUUGUGGUCAAUACUGAUGGGAAUAUCGAGUUAUCAAACCGGUAAUUGAGUCAUAAGACAAGAAUUGGAUGUUAAUCAAUUUAAAGUUAUUGUAUAAAGUGAUUGGAGAAUUAAAAUAAAAUCCACAGUCAUCGAAAAGUGGUGACAGAGUGAGUACUCAAGCGCGUCUAUACUCGAUUACUCACAGAAGAAUCAGAAUCCGCGCGUGCAUGACGAAUUUGUUGGUUCGAUCCGCUUCAACUCUUCACAGUGAAAAGGGAAUUGCGGAAAAUUGCAACUGAGUAAAUGAUAAAGAGGCCAACAGGGGCGGAUAAUUGCACCGGUUGUAUACCUCGCCCUCACUGUAUUCCGUUGCUCCUGGCAACGGAUAGCCAUCAGUAAGGGAGUCCUAACUCACUACUUGGAACUACAGUGUUUGAUUGGAAAUAGAGUUUAUUCCACCAAGUCAAGUAUGAGGAAGUUAUCUGUAAAGUCUAGUUUAAUUAAUUCACUUAAUGGAACAAUUCCUGUUAAAUAAAAAUAGAAAAACAAAAAACAAAAACCGAGCAAAAUGAAAAGUUACAUUAUCUGAUAACUUUCUAGAAGAUUCGACUGUUCUCUGAACUGUGACAGAGCUCUAAAAGUUUUAGAAAAGUGACAGUGACUUUAUAACACUCUCCUUGGAGUGAUAUAAUUGAAGAAAGUGCUCUUUGGACCUGUUAUUAACCGGUAGUUAGUGCAACUGCACUUUCGUCGGUCACCAUAACGGGUCUUUGAGGAUUCCUGCAGAGUUGGAAUAUCAAAAAUAAGUGUUAUGACUACAUCGUAAUUUCCUAAUGUCAUUGAAAUAAAUGAUAGUAGGCUGUGAUUACAACUAAUAAGAUAGAGGACUAGUAAAUAUGACAUUAUAACAGUGGACAAGAAAAGUCAAAAUGUCAUCGAAUGGUGAAUUUUCGACCAUGUCCAGUGGAGAAGUUCCUUCUCUACCAAAGUCCCUUCCCAGUUCAAGGGAAGCUACUGCGGAAGGGAAUUCUAAUUCUACCGGUGGAUUUAUGCCAUUACGUGAUUUCCUUGAUCGUUUCUCAUUACCAAGAGUUGUAAGACUUGAAGGUACUAACAGUCGACCCGUUUUACUCUACAAACAACAACAGCGAUCAUUAAGGGUCACAGCAACCCUCUUCAUACAUCGAUAUCGACAUGAUGUCAAAGUUGGACCGGAAAUAGUUAUUCCAGAGGGAUAUCCGGGAUGGUUCUCAGUAGUAUCCGGAAACAAUACAAUGGGCAGUGCUCGAGUUUAUCGAAGGAUAGAGAGUUUAGUACGAGCUGGAGUACCAGCUUUUCUCUUGGUAUCACCUUUACGAGCCUACACCCUAACACAUUCAAAGAUGGAAGAUGGAAACCUUCGUGCUCACUACACGAAGACUAUCAUCCGAGCUGGUGAGGUUCUCCGGUUAAUAGCAGUGUUUCAAGACACGCGGAAGUACAGUUCAAUAUCCUUUGGUAUAUCUGGUGCAACGGAAAAGGACCAAUAUGCUCAAUGCUUAGAUGGUCAUGGUCGUGAGAUGUUCGUGGCACUUUCAACGAGAGGAGAAUUUUAUGCUAUUUGUCAAAGCAAUAAUCCUGAUACCGAGGGCGAUACUGUUCUUUAUAGGGUACAUCAUUUAGCUAAGCGAGCACUUCCACUACGAGUUCGACUGGUAGCAGGACCUCUACCAGUGCCAUUACCUCGAGAAUACGGAGGAUUAAUGCAAUUAGAAUCAUCAACAAGAGGCUCAAUAGUCUUAGGAUGUGUAGUACCCGAAAGACCUGUACAUAAUCCAGAGAUGCUGGAGUUGGUAGUAUCUGGUAACGGCGCUCCACGAGUAAGAAGAGCUCGAUUAGGUUAUCCUUCAGAAGCUAGACUACUUACGUCGCCAAAGAUGCAGCGGUUAUUAACGGCUUGCAGUCGUGCAGUCGGCGAUCGUGCAACAGAGCCUCGAGUGGCACCGCAGAAGCUCCACACAAGCAAUAAUAUCGACAGAAAUCUUGGAGAAGAAUCGAGAGAGAUGUACUUGAAGAAAAUCAAACCUAAACCAGAAACUAAACCAGUUCUUCAGAGUCUUCGAGAAGGCCUAGAGCACUUGAAGAAGUCAACAGUGCGUGAACGAAGUCAAACUCGUCAAAAUUCGUCAAAUAGUUUCUUAGAAAGAAUAACAAAACUCACUCACGUUGGUGGAGGACGUGACAGAAAUCCAGCUAAGAAGUCUGCAUCGUUUACAUUUGCAAUGAAACCGGAAGUGGUGGUCAAGGCUAAAGAGCGGUAUUCAAGUCUAGAACCGGAUAUCACGUCGCAAAGUCAUUCAAAUGCUUCUAAACAACCAGUUCAGAGAUCAAUAUCAACAAGUGUCCUUGAAACUCCGGUCAAGGUCGAACUUCAACCCAACUAUGCAAGUGUAAAGGAUAGUUUAACGCCAGUAGCAUCCCAACCUAAAGUGUACACUUAUAAAAAUGACGAUAUUUACACGGAAAUUUGUGAAACUUCAAAUAAAAGUACUAAGGAUUGCCCUGGUAGUCAUGUAAUUGCUAGGAUAAAAAUUAUUGUAAAAAGUGACGAGUCGUACCUAGAGACUAAUGAAGAUGAAGAGGAGAGAUAUGUUAACUCAUUGGUUACAUCGCAACAAAUGAAUUCUAUUAUAAAUACUGAAGACGAAGUCAUUUAUAAUACGAUAUUUUGAUGUUUCAUUAUUUUUACUAAUGAGUUGAUUGGGUUUUUAAAAAAGUCUUGCAUUUUUAAUAGCAUUAUGUUUGUUUGUUUCUCGAUAUAAAUAAAUUGUCAUUAUGUUAAGAUGUAAAAUAUUAAAUAGAAAAAAGAAUGAAGACUUAUUUACUAACCCAGAGAAAGUAAAAUUGAUUCGAAUAUAGUUAAAGAUGAUUGCAAUAAUUAUUUCAAUUAAAAGUUGAUGAUAUAGUUAUCUUUAACUCAAGAUAUAAAUUUGUAUUAUAGUAUAUAAAUUCAUAUUACUGUAGAUGGUUAGUUAUAAUACUUCACUGUAAAUAACUGGAAAGAUUUGUCGACGAGACAUAACAGUAUAAAUCAAUAGCUCAAUU